AUGUCGGUCCCUAGCAAGACUACAGUUCUAGUUAUUGGCGGUGGUCCCGCUGGAUCAUACGCCUCAGCGGUUCUGGCUCGUGAAAAUGUUGAUACAGUCCUCUUAGAAGCAGAGAAGUUUCCUCGGUACCAUAUCGGCGAAAGCAUGCUCGCCUCGAUGCGCUUUUUCCUCCGGUUCAUUGACCUCGAGGAGCGCUUCGAUGCGCACGGCUUCAGAAAGAAGCACGGAGCAACAUUCAAGAUCAACUCCAAGCGUGAGGCCUACACAGACUUCUCGGCCUCUCUUGGGCCUGGGGGCUACGCGUGGAACGUAAUCCGCUCCGAGGCUGAUGACCUUAUGUUCCGUUAUGCGGGAGAAGAAGGUGCACAUAUCUUUGAUGGCACCAAAGUUGAUAACAUCGAAUUUGUGCCAUAUGACGCUGCCGAUAGUGCGGAUUUCAACCCGGAUGCUCUCCUCAGCAACCCCGGUCGCCCAGUCGCGGCGACGUGGUCCCGUAAAGACGGUACCAGCGGCCGGAUCGAAUUCGACUAUCUCAUUGACGCCUCUGGUCGUGCCGGUGUUGUCUCCACUAAAUAUCUGAAGAACCGCACGGUCAACGAAGGGCUUCGAAACAUUGCCAACUGGUCCUACUGGAAAGGUGCCAAGGUGUAUGGCGAAGGUACGGGCCAGCAAGGUUCACCCUUUUUUGAAGCUCUUACCGAUGGUAGUGGCUGGUGUUGGGCGAUCCCACUACACAACGGCACUUUGUCCGUGGGUGUGGUCAUGCGGCAGGAUCUCUUCUUUGGCAAGAAGAAGGCAGCAGGAUCGCCGAAUUCGCUCGACAUGUACAAGCUGUGUCUAGAGAAUGUCCCAGGAAUCAGUUCGUUGCUCGACGAGGCCGAGAUUGUCUCCGAUAUCAAGAUGGCAUCAGACUGGUCUUACAGCGCUAACGCGUACGCUGGACCCAACUUCCGGAUUGCGGGAGAUGCGGGAUGCUUCAUUGACCCGUACUUCUCGUCGGGUGUUCACCUUGCACUGGUUGGCGGUCUCUCUGCUGCGACGACCAUCCAGGCGGUUCGUCGAGGUGAGACCACCGAGUUCAGCGCCGCGAAAUGGCACUCGAGCAAGGUAACAGAGGGAUACACCCGGUUCCUCCUGGUUGUCAUGGCUGUUCUUCGUCAGCUGCGGAAGCAAAAUGCAGCAGUAAUCAGUGAGGAUGGGGAAGAAGGCUUCGACAUGGCAUUUGGUCUCAUCCAGCCAGUUAUUCAGGGCCAAGCCGACACGGGUGAAAGCGAGCAGCAGAGGAUGGUAGCGGGUGUGCAGUUCUCACUGGAGCGGUUCAACCGAGCUCCGCCUGAAGUGCAGCGCGCAGUGCUCGACAAGGCAAAGUCGGCUGGACAGAAUGCAGAAGAACUGGAGAAGUUGACUCCGGAUGAGAUGGCAGUGCUGCAUAACAUCAUUGGUCGACAGCUGCGGAUGACCAAGGUUGAGAAGAAUCUCGACAACUUUUCUCGGGACGUGGUUGACGGAUGGGCGCCCCGCGUCGAGCGAGGGAACUUGGGUUUGAAACGGGCUGAUGACAGUAUCAUGACUGAUGAAAUGGAGGACCUGUUCAAGCUGAACCGGUCGGUGGAUACUUCAAAGGGUGGCAUUCACGUGAAGAGUAAUGAAAUUCAACUUCCCGCUUGA